AAAUGGCAGCCCCCAGACCUGGAAAUGAUGAAAGAGGAUGGAAUGAUCCACCUAUGUUUGAUUAUGUAUCUCCUAUAGCUAUUGCCAAUGAAGCAUCUACACAGAAGAAAACUCAGCUAAAUAAACGUGUGGCUUUUCCUUUGAGUGGCACUACUUCUUCUCCAGAUGCAGUCCUCAAUCCUGAUCAAGGACCACCUAAAUUAACUCCUGAAUUUCAAAUCUUACCCCCAGCUACAACUCUAGAAACACCCACACCUGUGCCUAUGUUAGUUCCCUCCCUGGUUCCAACUCCUACCCCAUGUGUUCCAACUACCCCUCUCCCUGUUUGUCCCGGAGAACAGUGUUUAAAUGAUCUAGUCAGUAAAUUAGGAAUAGAACAAUCUGAGUUACAGUCUUAUGUUUAUAAACAUUUUAAUGAAAUGGUGACUAAAUUACAACAAGAUAAGUUACAGGGUCGAGCUGGUGAAGAUGUCAAGAGAAGAUUAGGUUUAAUGAACGAGUUGUGGUCUGAAGGCAAACUUUCAGAUCCUGUGAAGUUAAAGAUCUCGAAUAUAUUACUGGCUUUGAAAGAAAACAAUUUAAAAACAGCAAAUCAGCUUCAUGUAUCUUUAAUGGUUGACCAUACACAUGAGGUGAACCAUUUUAUGGUUGCUAUAAAACGAUUGGUACAGGAACAACAGAACGAAUCAGAAUCGUCCAAUCAGGAGACAGCAUCUCAAGACACUAUGCCACAAAUACCACUCUUUAAACCUCCACCUGUUGAGAUUGCACCAAAAAUACCCUGUUUUGCAACAGACCAACCUUCAACUGAUACCCCUCAGAGACCAGUUGAAGAUGGCUGAAUGAGGGAGCCAACUCCUUCGCAGUUCCUUAUUCUGCUAAUAUUUGUUAUUUAGUGACUUUAUUUAUUGUUUUUACUGUAAUAUACUCCAAUGGACAUUUUAUUAUUGCAUUAGGGUGUGAUAAUCACAUUGGUCUAUAAACAAACUCAUUGGUUAAUGUUUUACUUAUUAACAAAACUAAGGCAAUGCCAUGCAGUGUGUAAUGUGGGAUAUUUAGCAGGAUAGCACAUCCAAUAUAUAUCCUUGUUAGAUUUAAAACUGUAGUGGGAUCACAGAGUCAGAUUUUGUCUCAUUCAAACAACGAUGCAAUAAGAUAUAAUGCUAUAUGAUAAAAUGAUAUAAUGCUAUGAUUUAAGGACAUAUUAGUACAUAUAGUAAAAUUUUAUUUUCUCUUUCAUGUGAUAUACAAAUUCUCACUAAUAGAAGCCUUAAUUUAUAAAGCAGUAUAUAAAUUAUCUAGCACAAAUAUUGAGGAUUGUUCUUGUCUACAGAAAGAUGGAUUCUUCACAAAAUUCUUAUGUAAACUGGGGGUGUCUUAUAAGGUGAAAAAAGUGUAGUAUGGGGAUGUUAGUCUGGAAUAACUGUUACUAUUUUAAUUAUGAUUUCAUUUAGUAAAACUACUCUUUACAAUUAUAUUCCAAAUAGUAUACAAAAUGAUCAUCAGCCAUGUACUUUUCAGUUAAAUCAUUCAUUACAACAUUGGGAUUUGGAUAUUGCAUAAAAUUUCUCACCAGACAUAUUUUUAAGUGCAAUGGAAUCAUGCCUUUCUCUUAAAUUUUAAAUGCUAGGUAUCCAACGGUUUCAGAAUGUCCAUUCAUAGACAAGAAUUUACAAAUUUCAGCAGAACUUAAUUUAGAUCUCAAUUUGGAAUAUGCUUACAUGAAAUUGUGAAUUAUAUCAGAUGGUUGUUUUAUAACUUAUUAAACCAAAAAACAUUUGUUAUUAAAGAGGGCUAUUUUCACAUGUUUUGGAUUGGAAUUUUUUUAGGGAAGUGUGUUCAUAAUUAAAUGAAUAUAACAAAAGUUUAUUUUUUAAAUUAAAUUUAUCUAUGCAAAACCAUUCUUAGACCAUCCUUACCAUGACCGUAAGCUUAAUAUUUUCUGAAAAAAGCCUUUUUUGAGCAUUUGUUUGGUUUUGAUAAUAAAGAAGAAUCUGAGAUAAAUAUUUCUUGUUUCUGAAACUUUAUUGUCCUUGGAAAGUUAACUCAUUGAACCACUGAAUAUGUUAAUUUCAGUUUGGCUGGUACAUAUUUAUACUUCAACUUGACCAUCUAAAGUUAUUGUAAAGAUCAACUUAAGAGAUAAAUAUUCGAUUUGCAAGCUUAAUAAGUAUAUCCGAAGAAGAAUGCAUCAAAAGACUUUGGUAUAUUGAAAUAACUGAUCAUUACUGAUAAUACAGGCAUUUGGACUAUAGGAAUUACUCCCUCAAAACACUAUAUCAAAUGUGUCUUUUCAUAUUAGUUAAUAUAACACUUGAACAAAGUAUGUUUCAUUGAUCAAUAACUUAAUGUUCAAGCUUAUAGCAAGCUGUGACACCAUACUAUAUUCAAAUAUUUUUAUAAUCAGUAGCGUGGAGUUGGUCGUUUAGAGCUGAACAUCAGAUGACUUCCAUCCUCAAAUUAAAUCUUUUCUUAGUGUUGUCUCAAUUUAUACUAGCUAAUGUCACAAUAUGUCUGUUGAGAAUAAUAUCAACUGAUGAAUCUAACAGACUAUUAAACUAAUUUAAUAGAUACAUCAUUAGGCUUAAAUUCUCACAUGAUAUUAAUUCACCAAGACUUAAUAAUGGUAACCUCAAUCCAUUCAUCACUAGACAUAAAGCACAUGAUUUAAAGUCACACAUCCUCUAGAAAUGUAAAGUAGUAUCAUCAACUGAUCAACCCAAUAUCAGACAUAAGUCACAUAAUGUUAUACUUCAGUCACAUAACCACUAGCUGUUUAUAUCUUAAAACCAUUAGUAAGUCAACUUAAACUCUAUGAUACUGUGCAUUGACCUCAUAGUUUCAUGGAUCU